AUGGGUUGCGAUGGUCCAGCGGCCUCGAUGGCCGCUAACUUUUCUCUGGACAGUCUUCCGCCGCAGCGGUCUGUGUCUCUCUACUGGGUUGAGAAAUGGCUUCUGGCCUUAGAUGCCUUCCAAGUCUGGUGCCUGCUCUGGCUGAUUGUUCUUCCCCAGUUCCCUCCGUCCUGGAACCAACAUACUUUUCCGGCGCUGGCGGCCAACUUGGACUUGUUCCACUUGCUCUUGAAUCGCUUAGACUCGUCAAAUGUUCUCGUUGCCAGCGCUGCAGGUUCCACCGCCAACUCCCGUCUCGUUCUUGCUUGCGUCUUCACUCUCGUCGUUCUGGCUACUGCAGUGCUGCUCUGGGGGGGAUCUCGAUGGAUAAGCUUUGCCAAAUCCCCGAAAGAAAAGAGGCAGGAAGCUCGCGAACGCGCCGAGGAGCUCCAACGGAAGCAACGGCAGUCCUCAGGUCGUAUGUCCCUCAGCGUCGUAUUCGCUUUGCAGAAUGAUGAACAGAUAAGAGAUCGUGAUUCCAAAUUGCUGAAGCUUUGCGAUUUCGGUGCUGAUCUUUGGCAUGAAGCCUGCCUCUGUGUUGUCCAGGGACGGGUCAUUCUGGUGACGUGGAUGUUCGCCCCAUACCUAAAUUCGGUACUCCCAAUCGUUUUUUGUCAAGAUCAAGCAGAAAUAUGUGACGACCAAGGCCUGUUCAUAGGGCGUGUUGUGAUUGGGAUAAUUGCCUUCCUGCUAGCUGUUAUGGCCAUGUACUACGUAGGCAACCAAGUGAACGCCCAUUUGGUGGCGCAAACAGACGAAAACCAUGAAGAAUACGUCCAACAGAAAGAGCUGGAAUACAUGUUGCACCUGAAUGAUAGCUGGCGUGUACAAAUGUUGUGGGCGUUCACAUCUUUUCGGCGCGAAUGGGGGCGAGUUUACCACCGGCAAACGCUCAUGGUUGUCAAAUUCCUCCUCUGCCUUCUGGUUUCCUGCUUUGGGAACCAGGCGUAUAAGCCCUCUACGGGUGUCGCUUGGCUUUUUCAGCAGAUGUUCCCUUCCGGCCUUUCGAGCGCGUCAACUUCUUCAGACACAUCUGGAGCGGGAGGUUCGUCACCUUCCGUUAUCACCACAGACACGCCGUCUUGGGCGAUAGACCCUCUUGCAGAAAUGGCUGCAAAUCCGUUUGGUUCACGGACUCAGAGUGUCCUCGCCUUUACCAUAAUCUGCGUCUUUGUCCUUCUGUGUCUACUGAGGAUGCCUUACCGGCAACGAUCCUCGAAUGUUUUGUUUGCGUUUACGUGGAUCACGCUUGGAGUGCUCUCAGGCUUCAGCGUCACUCUUGCCUGCUCGGCAGAGACGCCUGUGCUCCUUCACGCUGAGAAUAUGCUGUUACUUCUUCCUCUUCUUCAUGCUGUGCUCCUGUUUGUCUGGGGUCUCACGAUUGUGAUCGGCGUCUUUCGAACUCUCCUCCCGAGCUCGUCCAGCGCUCUUCUUGUGCCCCCAGAGCACGAUACGGAAGAGAAUCAACUCCUCGAUGACCUUGGCUCCAGCGGCUUUUGGAAGGAGCAGCGGAAGCGACGGUGGAAGGAAAAACGAAACCUCUUCAUUCAUCAUGCCCACAACAUGAUUCGUAACAUCGCGUCUAAGAACGCCGCGAAAAAGAUCCCCUUGGUCAAAAGGUCAAGCAGCUCCAUCUGGGCAGGGGACGAAGACGACGGUAACGGUGCCUACCCCAAUUUCGUGGAUAGUCCGUGGCCGAUCUCCUUCUACGAAGGACGAUACUUCGUUAGAACCUUUCCGGACGUUUUACUAUCUCUCAAAGUGGCCCAGCACACCAUCGACCGGUACCUUUUCGCUGACAAGACAUUGGUUCCGCUCUCGUCUCUGGACGCGGCGCACGCAGAUCUGCAGCGCCAUCUUCUCAGCUUUCUGAGUCUCGGGGAUAGCGAGAACCCGCUCCUACGGAAGACGAAGAACGCCGACGAGAACCACCUCGAUCCUUCUGCGAAUCCAGAUGAGCUCCAGCAGGCACUGGCGCGUGCAAAAAAGAAACUUGCAGAUCUUUUUGGCGAAGAGGAAUCGAGUGAUCAAGGGGAGGAAGAUGAUCCGGGUGCCGACGACUCCGACAAAGAGCACACAGAAGUCACUGAGCCGGAUGAGAUGGAUGAUCUACUUGGCGCCACCGGCCCCCGACCCCAUCUCGACACGAACUUUGUUGACGGUUGGGACACAGGAGGCGAAAACAAAAGGGUUCACAGACUUAUCCAUGCGGUUCAAGAGCAGUCUCUCCGGCCGCGCCGCGCGAACAUGGCGGCUCGUUUUGACGUUCCCGAAGAGGAAGAUCCUUUUGCAACACUCCUCGCCAGGAAAGCCCGGACACAAUCUCAAAAGCGUCCCGUCGGACGUGGCAUCGAAGAGACACCUCUCGAAUCUGCUCUAAAGGCGCUAGACGAGGAGGGAACUGUACGGAAGAGGCGGGCGACCGCGUUGGCCCAGAAGCUACUCGACUCACUUGCUGCUUUUUCCUCAGAGGACCGCGGCUCGGAUACCCACAGCUCCUCUGAUGCUGAGGCAUCCAGUUCCACAAACGGCAUCAGCGGCGUGGAGAGCCGAGCCGUGGCACUAGUAGGAGAACGUAUAGACAGGGCGGUUGAGCACAGCACACACGCGGAUGCGGAGAACGCAAAUGAGGUACAGGAAAGCGCGAGAGGCGGAAGAACGCUGGACGAUCUCCAAAAGCUCCUUCAAAUUGAUUUUGAUGUCCCCACAUUAGCCUCGACCAUGGAGUUGAAGAAGAUGUGGGCGGAAUUCGAGGAAAAGCGCGCCCCCCAGGCGCAGUUUGCACUUGUCCCUGCCAGCGGCUCCGAAGGGACAGAGAAAGGAGAGGCAGACAGCGCCAGAGUUGAAUCCGCAAACGGACAACCGACAGAAGCUGAGAAGGCAGAAAAUCAGGAGGGAAACCUAUCCGCUUCUGGAGCAUCCGCGAAUGAGGUCAAGAAGAAGAAAAAGGAAAGGAAAAGGCUGAAAUCGGAUCCGGAUGCAUUUCCUUACCUUCCAGAAGAUUCUCGGAGGGCUCUGCUAGAGUUUCAGGUUCGACGUCUCAGCACACUAUCUCAUCUGUCUCAACGCUUUUCCGCUGUGCCUAUCAAAAAGCUGUUCCAAGAGAUGCAACACCGACAAUCGCUCAGUCACGCCUUCCGCUGGAUUCUGUUGGAAGCGUUUGAAAUUCUUACCAGCCUGAGAAAAGAGGUGGCCCAGGUGACGUGCCUGCCUAAAGCCUUACCCAACGGGGGAGACGCACUCAUGGCGUUGCUGGCCCAACGGUGCCGACAAAGGGACAGAGAUCUGAUUUUCAUGCCCGCGAAGAAGAAGCGCAUUCACAUGAAACUUCUUGCGAUACAGUUCCUUUGUGGCAAGCAUCUAGCUACUAGCGAUCGUACAGACGAAAUCGUCUCUCAGAUGCUCCGCGGUCUCACCAGUCUUUUCGAGUGA